GGCAUCGGGUAGGCCGUGUUACACAGACCGCCAAAGUCGCGCCCGUUUGGCGAGCUCGCCACAGGAGCGCGAUUUCAUUGUUUUGCCCUACUUCCUCAAUAGCGCGAUUAACGAGCCGCGAACUCGUGCAGACCAAAGCCCGUCUUCAACAGUUUUCCGCAGUUUCUUGGCGUGCCCGUUACAAGUGCGGAGAAAGAAAAUCAUUUACAGGCGGUGCCCAUUGCGAGCAAAUAUGGAAGCCAGCGUUUUCGCGAGGUUCUGGAUUCAGCUUUCCGUUUUUGUCGAAACUUUGCUACGCAAUGCACUUGUGGGUUUGUCUUAUUAGCCCUUAAUUUGCGACAAUUCAAAAUUUCGAAAAACCUUGCAACCGGUCGGACUCAGUGCCGCGACCGCGCGAAUUCCCUACAUCCCGACUCAGCCUAGACACAUUAACAUGCCAUUAUUGUUCCUUAACAUACGUUGCGCCUUUGGAUUGGGGCUCAGAGCGUUCCGCGCCGGACAUGCAGUGGUUGAUUGGUUAACAAAGUCGCGCUCACCAGGACUGACGAUGUGAACCCGAAAGCUUCCCGAAUGGUGUCAUAUGAAUGGCUGCUUCUGAUUCGGGCCUGUCCAGAGGCCUCCUGGUGGCUGGGGAGAUGCCCUAGGACGCCCCUACAUGCGCCGUGUGACAGGCCUGGUGUUCUUUUCCAUGGCCUAGCCGCCAUGUCUCCACAUCGGGCCCUAGAACACUGCCUGUGCAAGAGUGUGAGCCGGCGCGAGACCCGUGGCCGAGACCCCACCCACAUCCCACCGAGACCACACAUAAGCACCUGUCUUGCGACCCAUUGCGACCAAGUUCCCCACGUGGCUCCCCUUGCCCCGCCGACCGAGAAGCAGCACACCCAGACCGAGAUCUUUAGUGGGCUGAGCUCCUGGAGCGCAGCGAUGUAGGGCGGCGAAGCCCACCAGGAACACCUCUGUCCGUGCGUGUGUGCAUGCGUGCGUGCAUGCACUCUGAACAGCUUCUUAAAAUUAGCACGCAUUUUGACUGGAGCAACGGGGCGUGCUGGCCAGUGCACUUCGCGGGAAGUAACGUGACUGGACAAAACUGUAAUAACCGGGAGGGCCCCCCGCGGCGAGCUCGAUGCGACCGCAAUGGCUAUUGCCCCUCCCCCCUCGGGGGAAGGGGCAAGCCAACCAUGACCAUGCAGGCAGAGGGGUGGGCGAGCUGCGAUGGGGGCGCCUCGUUUGGGGCGUCCACGCGGUCAGGUUCUUCAUAGGCUCCUAACUUGGGCCUUUACCACUUCUGGGGUCGGCUCCAGACGUUUGUGACUUUGGGUAUCAGGCCGAAGGGUUGGGACACUGUGCCGUCUGCGCAUCCUUUCAUCUCUCGGGCUGUUGGUGAUGGCAUGUAUGGUUUUGCGCUUGCCGUAUGACGCUGAUUCCCCGCCUCCCUCGCCGUGAGAGGUUGUGCGUGGUUGGUGGCCUUGUGUGUGGGCAGGUUGCACGCGUGGGCGACCGUUCUAGUACCUGGACGCUUGCGCCCUGGUUAGUGCGUGCGCUUUGCGUGUGUCCUGCGGCCUAGACGUUUCCCGGCACUUCUGUGCCUAGGCUUGUGACGUUGAGGCACAGCGGUGGGGCUCUGGCGGGUUGAGGCUUGGCUAGGACUCACUGUGCGCGGAGUCACACGGACUUUGCCUGCGGGAGGGUUUGCAGCAAAGUCGGGGUUGGUGGAGUCAUGUUGGGCCCUGAUAGCAUGUGAUGGCUCGGCGUCUUCGGGUGCUGGGACUGUCCCCUCUGUAACAUCCGCAUUCU